UAGGCUUGCAGGGCAGGAGUAAUUGAGAUACAUCCUUAAUUUACUGAAAAUUGAGAGAAUGUAUGCGUAAAUGUAAAACAAAUGAUCUUUACUUUAAUUUUUGUUCAGUUUGUUGGAAAUUUUUGCUUUGAUUACCGAUUUAAUGAUUGAAUGUAAACUUGGGCUGUGUCAUAUAUCAUAGUACAUAUGAUAAAAGCAAACAAGCUUGAUUAUACUGCUGAAGUUGCAGCAACAUUUAAUGUCUUUGACAGAUCAUUUAAUGGAGUUAGAGUCAGGCCAUUUUUAAAGUGAGAAGUUCGAACGAUUGUAUCUGAUCGUAACGAUUACCGUACUCAACCAUCAACAUGAACUUGCCACACGAACCUCCUGCCGAAGACAGCAUUAAAGUUGUUUGUCGAUUUCGGCCUUUAAAUGACGCCGAAGAAAAAGCUGGGAGCAAAUUUAUCGCAAAAUUUCCUCAAGGUACAGAGGAAUGUCUUUCUCUCUCGAAUAAAUUGUAUAUGUUUGAUAAAAUAUUUAAGCCUAAUGCAACGCAAGAUAAAGUAUACAAUGAGGCAGCUAAAGCCAUUGUCAAAGAUGUCCUCAUGGGGUACAAUGGCACAAUAUUUGCCUAUGGGCAAACUUCCAGUGGGAAAACACAUACAAUGGAGGGGGUGCUUGGUGAUCCUACUCAUCAAGGUAUUAUUCCUCGAAUUGUUAACGACAUAUUUAAUCAUAUUUAUUCUAUGGAUGAAAAUAUAGAGUUCCACAUCAAAGUUUCCUAUUUUGAAAUUUAUUUGGAUAAAAUCAGGGAUUUGCUAGAUGUUUCUAAAACAAAUUUGUCUGUUCAUGAAGACAAAAAUAGAGUACCUUAUGUUAAGGGAGCAACGGAAAGAUUUGUUACGAGUCCAGAAGAAGUAAUGGAAGUAAUAGAUGAAGGAAAGUCAAAUAGGCAUAUUGCAGUAACUAAUAUGAAUGAGCACAGCUCUCGCAGUCACAGCGUCUUCCUAAUAAAUGUAAAGCAAGAAAAUUUAGAAAACCAAAAGAAGCUCAGUGGGAAAUUGUACUUAGUAGAUUUAGCUGGUAGUGAAAAGGUUAGCAAAACAGGUGCUGAAGGAAUGGUGUUAGAUGAAGCAAAAAAUAUUAAUAAAUCUUUAUCAGCCUUAGGAAAUGUAAUAUCAGCAUUAGCUGAUGGCAAUAAAAGCCACAUUCCUUAUCGAGACAGUAAGUUGACUCGAAUUCUUCAGGAAAGUUUAGGUGGAAAUUCUCGCACAACUAUUAUUAUUUGCUGUUCUCCUGCAUCUUAUAAUGAGUCGGAAACAAAAUCAACCCUAGAGUUUGGAAGGAGAGCAAAGACAAUCAAGAAUACUGUGAUUGUGAAUGAAGAGCUUACAGCUGAAGAAUGGAAAAGAAGAUGGGAAAAAGAAAAAGAAAAAGUGGCAAAACUCAAGGGUCAGUUAUCACGAGCUGAAGCAGAACUUAACCGCUGGAGAAAUGGGGAAUCUGUUCCUCAAGAUGAGCAGUUACUUACUAAAGAUCUCGAAGCUAGUACAUUAUCUCUUAGUGAUACAUCAUCAGUCACAAAUAUUCCUGCCGCAAUACCACAAGUGUCGUCUGAGCCAGUGGGUAACGAUGAAAGAGUCAAAUUUGAAGAGGAACGCAUGCGACUGUAUGCACAGCUAGAUGAGAAGGACGAUGAGAUCGACAGGCAGAGUCAGCUCAUUGAAAAGUUGAAAGAGCAAAUGCUUGAGCAGGAGGAACUCAUCUCUUCUAUCCGCAGAGAUUAUGAAUCUGUGCAGCAUGAAAUGACUCGCAUGCAGCAAGAGAAUGAAUCUGCCAAAGAAGAAGUGAAGGAAGUUUUGCAAGCAUUGGAAGAACUGGCUGUAAAUUACGAUCAGAAAUCACAGGAAGUCGACACCAAAAAUAGAGACUUUGAGUCCCUCAGUGAAGAUCUUAGUCAAAAACAGGCAAGUUUGAAUAAUGCUAUGAAUGAGCUUCAACAAUUGAAGGACAACACGAUGCAUCAAAAGAAAAGAAUGACUGAAAUGUUAACCAAUUUAUUGAAGGAUCUUGGAGAAAUUGGAGUGGUUUUAGGUGGAAACGUGUCAGAUAUAAGGUCUGCUGGUGACUUAUCUGGAAAAGUAGAUGAAGAGUUUACAGUUGUUCGGCUUUAUAUUAGUAAAAUGAAGUCAGAAGUUAAAGCUCUUUCACAGCGAUGCAGUCAAAUGGAAAGUUUCCAGGUUGAUAGCAACAAAAAGGUUGAAAGUUAUGAAAAAGAACUUGCUGAAUGUCGUUUAUUAAUCAGCCAGUAUGAAGCUAAAAUGAAAUCCUUACAAGAAACCAUCAAAGAUAAUGAAAAUAAGAAAAGGAGCUUAGAGGAAGAAGUGGAUUCUUUGACAGAAGAAUGUGCUAAACUAAAAUCUGCAAAGGAAAUGCAUAUUAUGGCUUCAAGAGAGAAAGAAAAAGAAAAAGACAGUGCUGAAAAGAUGAAAGAAGCUCUGGAGCAACAAAUUGAGAAACACAGGGAAUCCCAUCAAAAGCAGCUGGCACAACUUAGAGAUGAGAUUUCUGAAAAGCAAUCACAAAUUGAUCAACUCAAAGAUGUCAAUCAAAAACUCUCACUUGCUCAAGAAAGACUACAGCUUGAUUAUGAUAAACUGAAACAAGAUGAACAGGAAAAAACAACGAAGUUGCAAGAGUUAACUCUCAUGGCUGAUCGCCGAGAGCAAGCUAGGCAAGAUCUGAAAGGAUUGGAAGAAACUGUUGCAAAAGAACUUCAAACUUUGCAUAACCUACGAAAGCUGUUUGUACAAGAUCUUCAAAGUCGCGUGAAGAAAUCUGCUGUUGGUGAUGAUAGUGAAGACAAUGGAGGAAGCUUAGCACAGAAACAAAAGAUCUCAUUUUUAGAAAAUAAUUUAGACCAACUUACUAAGGUUCAUAAACAGUUAGUAAGAGAUAAUGCUGAUCUAAGAUGUGAAUUGCCAAAGCUGGAGAAGAGGUUACGGGCUACAAUGGAGCGGGUAAAACUUUUAGAACAAUUCCUUAAAGAAGCUAAAGAAAGUGCUAUGCGAGAUAGGAAGCGUUAUCAGUAUGAAGUUGAUCGUAUAAAAGAAGCUGUCAGACAGAAAAAUCUUGCAAGGAGAGGAAAUAUGGCUCAUAUUGCUAAACCCAUCAGAGCUGGACAACCUCAAGGUGGUGGUAGCCAUACUGGUGUAAGACCAACUCAAUUUGCAAAUAUCAACAGUGGUGGAGGUGAGUUUGUUUCCUGCGAUCCAACAGCAAUAAAAGGUGGUAGAAAAUCAGCAGCUAGCUCUAUCAAAACUACAAAAGAAGAAAGUUAAUGUUCUCAAUGUAUAAUAAAGGAAAGUCUAUGCAAUGCUGUGACCUCCAAAACUUUUGCAUAAAAAUUUGAAUAUUGUGUGCAGUAAUUCAAAAAGGACUUUUGACUAAGAUUAUUGCAAUAUAGUUAUUAUUUAUCUUUCUUGUUGCAAUCCUCCCUUGUGCUAUGUAUGAUCUUUCCUGAAAUUCAGGGUGCUGUUGUCUUUCAUUA